ACCCUCUCUUUAACCGAGCAGUGAGUGCGUCUUCAGUCCAUGUCAUUUCUCAGUUCUCCCUGCUAACAUAUAUGCACUUCAGAGCAUUUCCCAUUCUUGGAAAUCUUGAAACAGCGAGCAGUUUCCAGACUUUGUCCUGAUCCUCCGCUUCAUUCUAGAGGAAUUCAAUCUUCCGUUUUAAGUGACAACUGCAGCUUAGACCAAAGACAGAACACAAUGGUUGGAACACCAGCAACCCCAUUGUCUAAGAUACAACAGAAUUUCUCAUCUACUCCUGGUGGUCCCAAAGUUCGGGAGGAGAAAAUACUGGUGACCGUUCGGAUGAGGCCAUUGAACCGGAAGGAACAAGCCAUGUAUGAACUAAUUGCUUGGGAUUGCUUGGACGAGCAAACCAUUGUUUUCAAGAAUCCAAAUCAAGAGAGGCCUGGGACAGCAUACACAUUCGAUAAAGUUUUUGCUCCUGCAAGUUCAACUCAAAAGGUUUAUGAACAUGGAGCGCGGGACGUUGCAUUAUCAGUAGUUUCGGGAAUUAAUGCGACAAUUUUUGCAUAUGGACAGACUAGCAGUGGCAAGACAUACACGAUGAGAGGCAUAAUUGAAAAUGUUAUUCAAGACAUUUACAAGUUUUUUGAGAAAACGCCGGCGAGGGAUUUUAUUUUGAGAGCCUCCGCAAUGGAAAUUUAUAAUGAGAUGGUCAUUGACCUAUUGAAUCGUGAAUCCGGCCCUCUCCGGCUCUUGGAUGAUCCUGAGAAAGGGACUGUUGUGGAAAAACUAACUGAAGAAGUAGCCAGGGAUGGUCAACAUCUAAGGCACUUGAUCGGCAUCUGUGAAGCUCAAAGGCAAGUUGGGGAAACUGCUUUAAAUGAUAAAAGCUCAAGAUCGCAUCAAAUAAUCAGGCUGACCAUAGAGAGCAGUCUAAGGGAAAGUUCAGGCCGUUUGAAGUCUUAUUUAGCCAGUCUGAAUCUGGUGGAUCUUGCUGGAAGUGAACGCAUAUCUCAAACAAAGACAAGUGGUGCAAGAUUGAAGGAAGGCAGCCACAUUAAUCGAAGUUUAUUGACACUCACUACAGUCAUCAGGAAGUUAAGUGGUGGAGAACGUGGUCACAUACCAUAUAGAAGUUCAAAACUCACCAGAAUUUUGCAGUCUUCGCUUGGGGGGAAUGCUCGGACAGCAAUUAUAUGUGCUAUAAGUCCAGCCUUAAGUCAUGUGGAUCAGACAAGAAAUACCUUAACAUUCGCGACCAGUGCAAAGGAUGUCAUUAAUAAUGCUCAAGUAAACAUGAUUGUUUCAGAUAAGUCACUGCUUAAACACUUGCAAAAGGAAGUAGCGAGGCUUGAAGAAGAGUUGCGAAGCCCUGAACUUACUUCUUCAUCAUGUUUGAGGUCUUUGUUAGCUGAAAAAGAGUUGAAAAUUCAACAGAUGGAGAGUGAGAUGGAAGAGCUGAGGCGGCAGCUUGCACAAUCUCAAUUUGAGCUUGAAAGAAGAAAUAAGGUUCAAAUGAUUGGAUUAAAUCAAAAUGAGCCUUCUAGUCAAGUGGUUAGAUGUCUUUCCUUUCCUGUAGAUAAUGAAUCGAAUCCGGAUGAACAUCCUCAAGAGCGAAGAGAAGCAGUAGGAAGGCAUGCAAUACUGAAGAAACUACUGGCUUCUCCUGAUCCAUCCAUACUGGUUACUGAAAUCCGGAAGCUUGAGAAUAGGCAGCUACGGCUCUGUGAGGAUGCAAAUCGAGCACUACAAAAUCUGCAUAAGGAUUUUGCGACCCACAAAUUUGGAAAUCAAGAAACUGCUGAAGCUCUGUCGAAAGUGCUGUCUGAAAUCAAAGACAUGCUAGCAGCUAGCUCUACUCCAGAAAAUAUUGUGGUUGCAGACAAAGCCAACUUGAUGGAGGAGAUCUCUCGAUUGAAGUCUCAACGAGGCACUAUUUCAUCUCUAGAAAGGAAGUUGGAGAAUGUACAAAAAUCCUUUGACAAGCUAGUCUUGUCUUUUCCGAGUACAGCAGGGACUCCAGAGAACAAGACCCAAUUGAAAACGAAGAAAAUUCUUCCUUUCAGUUUAAGCAACAGUCCCAACGUGCAACAUAUAAUACGCGCCCCAUGCUCACCUUUAUCCUCUUCUUCUAGAGUCACGGAACAUGAAACAGAGAACAAGGCUCCUGAAAAAGACAUUUCUCCUAGAAGUAGCGAUACAAGACUAAGGUCACAUACAGGCGUGUUUUUUUCACAGGAAGGAAGUCCAGCUAUGCAGCAAUCAAAGUCAAUGAAUGUUAAGAAGAUUCAGAGGAUGUUUAAGAAUGCUGUUGAGGAGAAUAUUCGAAGCUUCAGAAUUUAUGUUACUGAGUUAAAAGAACUAGUGGCGAAACUGCAUUACCAAAAGCAGCUUCUUGUUUGCCAGGUUUUGGAGCUUGAAGCAAAUAACUUUGUGAACGAAGUAGAUACAUGUGCACGAUCUUCCAUGCCGCGGCAUAUUCUAUUUGAAGAGAAUAGAAAACAAAUCGUCAUGUUGUGGCAUUUAUGCCACAUUUCGAUUGUACAUCGCACACAGUUUUAUCUUUUGUUAAGGGGAGAUCCUUCUGAUCAUACAUAUUUGGAAGUUGAACUGAGAAGAUUGACAUGGCUUGAGCAACACCUGGCUGAGCUAGGGAAUGCUAGUCCUGCACUUUUAGGGGAUGAGCCUGCAGGUUCAGUUUCUGCUAGCAUCAAAGCUCUUAAGCAAGAAAGGGAGUAUCUGGCUAAGCGAGUGAACUCAAAACUUACAGCCGAGGAAAGAGAACUGCUUUAUGCUAAAUGGGAAGUUCCCGCAGUAGGGAAACAAAGGAGGCUCCAGCUGGUGAAUAAAUUGUGGACUGAUCCUUAUAACAUGGAACAUGUACAAGAAAGUGCAGAAAUCGUAGCAAAGCUCAUUGAUUUUUGUGGAACUGGUGAAAAUCUUAGCAAGGACAUGUUCGAACUGAAUUUUGCAAGCCCUUCUGAUAAGAAAACAUGGGCGGGCUGGAACUUUAUAUCAAAUCUUUUGAAUUUAUGAGACAAAUUUGACCUUUUUACAUCAUGUCUCUUCUACAGGUCAAAGGUACAUCCUUUGAAGCACGGAAUAUUAGAGUUCAAAAUGUUUCUGUAAAAUGUCGUAAAUCUUAUUCUUAUCUUAGAAAGGACAUGUUUGAACUUAAAGAUUCCAACUCCUUCUGGUAACACGAUAUAGCUGGGCGGGAACUUCAUUUGUGAAGUGCGGAAUAUUGAAGGGCAAAAUGUAUGUGUAUAAUCUUGUAGAUUUUAUGAAAGCUUCUGAAAUCUUGUACUGA